UCUCUCUCUUACUCUCUUACCCUCUCUCUCUCUCUCUCUCUCUCUCUCUCUCUCUCUCUGCAAUUUCUGGAGUUGGGUAAUUGUUUGAAUUCUGAUCGAAGGUUGAAGAAGAAGAAGAAGAAGAUAGCAGUUGCUGUGUUUGUUUUGAUCCGAUUUGAUUAAGCAAAUGGAUCCUGCAGAUGGGAUUUCAAUCGAAGAUGAGAAAGGUGUUAUAUCUGAAACUGUGGAAGAAGGAUUAGUUGUUACGGAUUCAAAGCAGGAAGAUCAUCAUAUUGACAAUGCUGAGAAUGUUCCAUUUCUUAAUGGAACCGUUGAAAACUUAGCGAAGCCUGAUGAAUGCAUUAGUCCAACCAUUGGUGUUAACCAUUCAUCGGCUGAUACUGUUGAGACUAAAACCUCGAAUCAGUCUAAAGUUUUAAAAGGAGGCAGUCAAAAAGAUGUUAAUAAAACUGCCAAAGCUAAGCCAACCGCAAAAGGAGGGUCUGCUUCUCUUGCUCCUUCUGCUAAGUCAAGUUUGAGUCAAAGUUUAUCUUUUCCAGCAAAGAAGAUUGGUGUUGAUGUUUCGAAAAAGAGUGUUGAUGGACACCCACUUAAAAAUGAUCAUUCGAAAACUCCUAAAGCUGUUUCUGAUAAAGCCAAGGCUGGUUGGUCUCAAACUAAGUCAGUUAGUUCUUUGUCCACAUCGAGUACAAGUAAUAAGCGAUUUCCUGCUGGAAAAAAUGCUGAAGCAGGGAAUUCGAGUGCUAGUCGUCGUAAUACUAUAGCAACUAUACCAAGCACGAAAAAGUCUUUGUCUGUGAAACCGGGGCCAAUUAAUAAAACUGUGAAGGCUGGUCCAUCUGGACAAACAUCAAUAAACUCUGAUAAAGAUGUAAAACCAAUCACGGUAGAGGAUGAGGAUGCCCGCUCCACUACUUCAUCAACCACUACUCAUGGGAACAGAAGGAACAGCACCUCUGGAUUUUCCUCUAGAUUAGAAGAACGUGCUGAGAAGAGAAAGGAGUUCUUCACAAAGCUAGAGGAGAAAAUACAAGCAAAAGAAGUGGAAAAGAGUGAUAUGCAAGCAAAAUCAAAGGAAACCCAGGAAGAAGAGAUAAAGCUGUUGAGGAAAAGUUUGACUUUCAAAGCUGCACCAAUGCCAAGCUUCUACAAAGAGCCCCCUCAAAAAGUUGAACUGAAGAAGAUACCAAUCACGCGUCCCAUUUCACCAAAGUUGGGGCGAAACAAAAACCCUGCUAACAACAAUGGUGCAAUAAUCGAAGAAGAGCAAGAAGGAAAGGAGGAAAACAACAAUAGUAGUAAUAAUAAGCUGACUUCUGGGAUUAAGAAACUACUUGUGAAAGCACAGUCCAAACUUACUAGGCCAAACAAAACUGGUUCUUCUUCAUCUUCUUCUGCAACUCCUAAAAUGGGAAAGAAGAAAUCAAUAGGAAAACCGACAGAAGAGAAAGCAAAAGCCGAACCAGCAAUCAUUGGAGGAGGAGGAGAAGAAAUGAAAGAAACUGAUCAAAACCAUACUGCAGUUGGUGCUGAUGAUGAUAGCCCGAAUGUGACAUUGGCUGAUUCUCAUGAUCUUGUUCAAGUUGCGGUUGAAGGGUAAUAUAAUAAACAUAGAAUGCUUCAUCUACUAUGUUUAUGCAUAUAUAGAUCUUUUAGAACUUCUUUUUUUGUUUUGUUUUUUUGGGAUUCAAUAGAAAAGGAAAAAAUUACUUUUGAAAACUCCACUAUUUGUUUGAAUAGUGUGGUGUCAGUAAAUUUGAAUAUGACUAUGAUUUGUGAAAAAAAAUAUAUGCAUGCAAUAUAUUGGCACCAACUUUUAAGGUUUUUUUUUUUUUUUUUUUCAGUUUAAAUGAAUUGUAAGUAUUAGUAGUACUCUUUCA